AUGACUGUGGCUCCGAUCCGUUGUCUGUUCAAAGAGUUGGAAAUACACACUGACGUCGAUUCCGACGAAAAUCUGAGGCCAUGCAACCAAGAGGCCAUUCAAGCUUGUCAACGGAGUGUGGAGAGAUUUCGUCAACGGUACAAUUUCGACCUAGUCCGCAUGAGUCCGUUGAAGCCGUGUGAUUGUUGGGAUAAAGAGAAUGGAAACGGGACUAAACCGGAAUUCGGUUCACGACGAUGUGUUUCGUGCGGAUCGUUCAAUGACUGGACUGACGGGGAUACAACAUGUGGCAUGUGGAAUUGGACUUCUGUGUGUGUGGAACAAGAAUAUGUUCCACAAUUUUAUCAUAGCGUACGAUCCUGUUCGGAGAGUUGCCUGAAAUCGGUCCCCACCAAAACGGAUUCCAGACCGGAUAUACCACAAACACCAACGAAACCGCAGUGCUCUAGAACAAGUUCGAUCAAAUCGACUUCGAAAACCAGUGUUUUCUCAUUGGAACAAGAGCAGUCUAAAACGAAUCCUGCCAAACUAACAACACCCUCGGUUGUGCAUCUUUGGUGCGCCCGUAUACGUCGUCGUUCAACCUACACCAAUGAAUCGGAUAUACAAAAAAAGAAUAAGUCCAUUGGACAUUCCGUCGGUCAGGAUGACACAUGCCCAACGUCCUCAUAUGUGCCAGUUUGCCCUUCGGAUGCUGCCCCGACUCACGGUGAUUCGUCCUCGUGUCAGGUUGAAACAAAACGAAAAAAUCCAGAUCAGAUUGAAGUGACCAAAUCACAUCCCACUUUGUCAGAAGGUUUCACACGCUGGCCCAGUGGAGGAACUGUACGUCAAAUUAAAUUGCCAGGUAAGUUCAAAAUACACAUUACUAACUUUUGCUCGACUCGAACCGAUGGAUUUAAGAUUGUAUUCUUAACGGGAUCAAAUACAUUCGAUAGAUCAGCUAAAUGGUACUAUUCCUAA